AUGCGACCUCUACCUUCAGACGAGAUCAACCCCGAGACUGCAAGUGUUAUGAAAGAAUAUGUGGAGCAGUAUUGUCCGUUGAGGUAAAGGACAGUUCGGGAAGAAAUUACCAAGGACGAGGCAGCGGCUUUACCACCGGCCGUCUACACGAAGCAACAAGAUUCCACCAAAGUGGACUUGUUGGCGAGACUAGGAAACGAUUUUAACUCCGGAGAUCAGGCAGAAGGGCUCAGCAGUGACAAAGGAGCCGUUCAAGCUACUUCAAAACGUGGGAAUGUGACAAAUGCCGCAUUUGUUGACGACUGUAUCGUCUAAGUGGCAGUUGCUGAGGUGCGAACAUAUGCAGACGAAUAUGACACGGACUCAGAAAGCAAUUUUUCUGAGCGAAAGGAUGAUAGUAUUACCCCAAGUACUCUUUCUAGAUCCGGGCGGGCAAUUCGCGCCCAUUUUCGCCUGGAUUUCUGA